AUGACGACGGAGAAAGAUCCUGUAGAGAUAUUACUCAACGGACAGUCAAUAAAAGAUUUGCCGUUGUUUUCUGGAGAACCAGAAGAUUGGCCUCUCUUUAUUUCACGGUUCAGAAAAACCACUAAAGCCUGCAAAUUUACAGAUGAAAAGAUCAUGAUAAGAAUACAGAAAUGUCUUCGUGGAAGAGCAAGGAAAACAGUCAAACCGUUGUUAAUAUCAUCAUCAAAUGUGAAAACUAUAUUGGAGACCCUAGAAAUGAUGUUUGGAAGACCAGAAAUCAUUAUAUCUAUGUUGUUCGAAAAAUCAAAGAAGACUCCGUCGCCAAGAGAAAGAAAACCUGAUUCAAAUAUAUUGUGUUCUAAUGCAGUAAUCAAUUUGAUAACUACAAUGGAAGUUUUGGAGUCCUCAGGACAUAUGUAUAAUCCUCAGUUGUUGGAUGAAAUAACUCGUAAACUGUCAUAUUUCCUAAAGCUCAAUUGGGGGAAAUACGCGCUGAAAAAUAGGGGUAAUGUAAAUUUGAAAAUGUUCUCGGAAUGGUUGAAAGAAAAGUCUGAAAUUACUUGCUACGUGAACUAUCCAGUUCUCAGAAUCGAGGAAAGAGACAAUUUUCCUCAUAGGAGAGAAACAGUUCUAUCAAUUAGAAAAGAACAGAAUAUUGGUGAAAGAAAAUGUAUACUAUGUGAAGGAACCAUGCACUCCUCAGAAUAUUGUAAAACUAUCAAGGAUAUGAACGUGGAUGAGAGAUGGGAGAUAGUUGUGAAAAAUAAACUGUGUAUUUGUUGCCUCAAACAGAAUCAUUUUAAAUCAAAUUGUCGCAAGAAAAGAUACUGUGGUUCAGAUAAAUGUACCAGAAUACACCAUCCUCUCUUAUACAAGCCAUUCAAUACUGCUGAGCAAGUUGUAGAACAUGUUUCUGACCGAACACAAGAACUACCAUCCGGCUCGAAGGACCACUAUUGA